AAACAAAAAAUAUUAAAAUUUUACUUUCAGUUUUUUAAAUUUUUAUAUAAAAUGCAAUUUUUUGUCAGAAAUCUCAACGGCAAAACAAUAACUGUGGAGGCAAAUCCCAGUGAUCCCCUCAAAAAGAUAAAAUUACAAAUUCAACAGAAAGAGCAUGUUCCCGUAGAAGAACAAAUAAUUUCAUAUCAAAGCCGAGAACUAAAAAAUGACAAUGCCUCAAUUGCAAAUUUAAAUCUUUUGCCAAAUUCUACUUUGCAAUUGAGUCUCUCACUUCGAGGCGGGGGUGCAUAUGAUCGAACAGAUCCAAAGCUAGUCCAACUAGCCAAAAACUACGAAAUGUUAUGCUCGUGUAUCAGAAAAAUCGAAAAAUUGCCGGAAAUGUGGAUCGUCCGACUUACGGAAAAGAAGUCUGAUGCUAUCAAAACCUCUGUAAACAAUUACAGAUAUACAUAUGUAGUGCAUGUGUCUAUGUAUAAAUCACAUUCUGUAAUAUUUUAUGUUCAUAGAGGACGAUAA